GCUCCUUGCCCCGCACUAAGAUGGCGGCGGCGGGGGUCGCGGAGCCGCCGCUCCCAGGCGGCCUCUCACUCACACUCCGGGAGGCGCUGCUCAAGGUGCUGGAGAACCGGCCCCAGGAUCCCGUCUCCUUCCUGGGCGACUACUUCCAAAGCCUGGCGGCGGCGGCCACGGCCUCCGAAGAGAAACUCGUCCCGAGGACGCAGGAGGAGCAGGUCUCCAACGCACUGAAACAGCUGCUGUUCUGCCACUACAACAGACCAGCCUUCAGCCGGAACACAGCCCUGGCCUUCCAGAUCCUCAGUUGCCCAACAAACAAGAGGAAGAAGCCUGGUCUCAAAGGCAGAGUGUACACGGAGCUCCUGAAGCAGAUUUGUGGCAGUGCAGGCCCCGCUUCCAGCUCCUUGAUCCACAAACUGCGCUGCUGGGAUCACGAGGCUGUCCCUUUCGGCGUCUUCAGGCACGGAGUGCUGACUUGCUUCGUCUUCCUGGACUACGUGAAGAUUUCCCGGCGGCUGUUUGAGGUGGUGGCGGAGUCUGGCGAGGCCAGUCGGACAGUGUGCCAGGCUCUGCUCGAGGCCCUGCAGGAUGCACUGAGCACCAGCGGGUCAGCCAGAGGCACCAGGUGCCUGGACACCGCCUCCAAGCUCAGCCCUGACCAGCUGGGGCACACCAUGGAGCAAGCCAUGAGGCUGCGGAGAAACGAAACAUCGCCGCCGAUGACUCAGGAGGACUUCACUCAGCUCACCGCUCCUCUCUUCAUUCAGAGAGUGAAGCCCAUGUGUUGACUGGAGAGCAGCUGGUAGCAAGGUGCCAAAUACAGAACGCCCAGUGUUGUCAUCACCAGAUUGCUGCAUGUUCCCCCUCAGCCAGUGAUGCUGGCGUAUUGUGGCCUGGCUUGACUGCAGUGCGCUGUCGAGUUAUCGUCCUUCCUGAGGCAAACCACACUUUCACCCAUCCCCCACCAUCAUCCCCCUUGCCCUUGCUCUGUCUUGCUCUCUCCUAGGAUGCUGCCUCCCCCCUCCACCCCAAGUUCCUGGGUUGUAUCUCGCGCUCCACCAAACUAGCCCACCACAUCUAUCCUCCAGUUCUCUUGCCAAACAUAACAUUACUCGCUGAACUAACUUGCUGGGUGGAGGCAGAGGGGAGGUUUAGUUAGUGCCCUUGCUGUCAUAAGUUCUUGGAGCAGAAAUAGGUCAUUUGACCCAUUAGGUUUACUCCGCCAUCCAAUCAUGCCUGAUCUAUCUUUCCCUCUCAACUCCAUUCUCCUGCCUUCUCCCCAUAACCCCUGACACCCGUACUAAUUACUCAGUCUUAAAAAUGUCCAUUUACUUGACCUCCACAGCCUUCAUUGUGGCAAUGAAUCCCAGAGAUUCACCAUCCUCUGACUAAAGAAAUUCCUCCUCAUCUCCUCUCUAAAGAUACAUCUUUUUAUUCUGGGGCUAUAGCCUCCGGUCCUAGAUGCUCGCACCAGUGGUAACACUCUCCACGUCCACUCAGUCCAGGCCUUGGUCACCUGCGUGGUCCGUCUCCACCAUCUGGAGACAAGGGUUUGUUGUCAGCUCCCUUCUCUCUGUGUGUUUCAGACUCCAGCUCAAGUUGAGACAUUUACUUGGUGUGCCACUUGCCAAUUGUGAUCAUUUUAUCAAUCAUUUGUGUUGAGUGAGGCUCACCUCCCAAAUUUGUACCCGAGUGAUGUCUGCCAAUGACUGCAUUUCAAGUGAGUUCCUGGACACACAAACUCCUUAACCGAGAGGAUGUUGCUGGGGACUGGGAGCAAGACUCUUCCGAACCCAAACCUGACUGGGUAAGGAGACACGAGAGACUGCAAGAGGUGGAAUCUUGAGCAAAACACAAUGUGCCGGAGGAGCUGUGGGUUCAAUCCCGACGCGAAACGUCACCUGUUCUUUCCCUCCCCAGAUGCGGUCUGGCACGCUGAGUUCCUCCAGCACUUUGUGUUUUGGACUGGAUGAGGGCUAGGAGCAAGGAACUUUCAUCCCAGGAUAAGGGACCAAGAGGAGAACCACUGUCUGAUUUGGCUCUUCCCCCAUCCCAAGGGCAAGGUGCAUGACUGUCCCUGGUGGUGCCAUGCUGAUAUUACAGCAUUACCACAUGAAAGUAAGUCACUAAUCUUUUGUACACCUUAUUUGUCUGAUUAGAUGUAUUAUUAAUGAUUGUUGAUUGCUUGGUUGUUUCUUAUUUUAUAUCUGUGUUUUGCAAGAUUAAAUUAAACAAAUUGUAUUCACAU